GAAACCAUCCCGAUUAUCGUGGCCGGGUAUAAGAUCUGGCCUAUUGCGUCUAUUAUCAGCUUCAGCUUCGUGCCUGUCAACCGGCGCAUUGUCUUCCUAAGUUUUGUUGGCUUGCUCUGGGGUAUUUAUAUGAGUUUGGUUGCUCAGAGGGUGUGAGGGAUCGGUUCUCUCUGUCCUAUGUUAUGCGUUCCAUGCUUCUGUGUGCUGCUUUGUGUAGUACGGGCCACCGCAUUUGACGAGUUUGCGAGGUAUAUGGAUGUCUUUGGGGGAGGAGUCCAUGGGUGGGCUGCGGGAACGCGGGUUCGGUCCACCGCACCCCAUUAUUACCCAUCGCUCGUGUGUCCCUUCUCCACAGUGCAAAAGAGUACCCUUCUUUUCACCUCUCCCUAUGGGCUUUCUUCUUCAUUCUUCGUUUAUGAGUUCCCUCCGUGGAUUGGGCGGGGAUUCCGUGGACAGUCAUCCGCUAGAAGGGACAAUAGCUUAUGGUGUAUCACGAUUCAGGCCAAGAGUAGGAUCAUCAUGUACAUUACGUGUACAACGACGGUUGUAGAGGAGAGCAUCAAUUAACAUGAAUUGUUUAUUUUCACUUCGGACAAAAUG